AUGCCGGCAUCCAGGAAUAUCAAAGGUAUAUUGAAAAGCAAAAACUCCGUCGCGAAGACUCCGCAGAGGGUGAAGUUCAAUGAGACGGUUAAUGGUGUUGAAUUUGAUGAAGAAUUGAACAAACUAGGGGACAGAUAUAGAGGUGCUCUCGUAGACGAGUCCGAGGAUGGGGAUAAGGAAGAGGACGAGGAAGCGGUUGGCGGAACAGCGGUUAAUGAGGAUCGAGCGAGCAAGGAGAAAGGAGUGGUAGUCGAGAACACGGAGGUUAACGAGAACAACUCGGUUGAGGAGAACAAAUCGGUUGAUGAGAACAACUCGGUUGAGGAGAACAACUCGGUUAAUGAGAACAACUCGGUUGAGGAGAACAACUCGGUUAAUGAGAACAACUCGGUUGAUGAGAACAGCUCGGUUGAGGAGAACAAAUCGGUUAAUGCGAGCCCAAAGGAGCAGCCCGCUAUGGUGAAUCUGUGCUACAAAAUGGUGAUUGGCUAA